UGGUACCCUCUGUUUUGUCAAGCACAAAAAAAGACACUUAGGUCACUAGGUGAGGCCAGUCACUAUCUUUUAGAGUUAAGAGAGUACUCUACUGCCUCAAGUUGUGUAAAAAGACAUAGCAGGGUUGUGUGUAUAAAGAGCGUUAGGACUUAGGAGUUAGGAGUUAGGAAUCCAAACAAAGACUAAUUUGUCAACUGCCCCUCCCCCUCCUACAGAUUCUCAACAAGCCACUCUGAAUCAUGCCGAUUUUGAGAAAGGGAGACCAAGUGUGGUUCGACUGCACAGAGGGUGGGGAGUUUGAGCUGCCCAUAGGAGCCAGUGUCAAGUUCUCAGACACAGGCCAGAUCCAGCUGCUGGAUGACGAGGAGAAUGAGCACUGGAUCUCGGCCAAGAAUGCCAGCAAGAUCAAGAUAAUGCACCCCUCUUCUGUUGACGGGGUCGAAGACAUGAUCCGACUUGGUGACCUGCACGAGGCUGGCAUCCUUCACAACCUGCUUGUCAGAUACAAGAACAAGUUCAUCUAUACGUACACCGGCUCCAUCCUGGUGGCCAUCAACCCUUAUCAGCUGCUCCCCGUCUACGACCAGGCUCACAUCAACAGAUACAAGGAUAAAAAAUUGGGGGAGGAGUCUCCACACAUCUUCGCCAUUGCUGACAAUGCCUACUACUUCAUGAAGCGUGGUCAGAGGAACCAGUGUGUGAUCAUCAGUGGAGAGAGUGGAGCCGGGAAGACAGAAUCCACUAAACUCAUCCUCUCGUUCUUGGCUGCCGUGAGUGGACAGCACUCAUGGAUUGAGCAGCAGAUCCUCGAGGCCAACCCCAUUAUGGAAGCGUUUGGGAAUGCUAAAACCAAGCGAAAUGACAACUCCAGUCGAUUUGGCAAGUACAUUGACGUGCACUUCACCUCCAAUGGGACCAUUGAGGGUGCCAACAUUGAGCAGUACCUGCUGGAGAAGUCAAGGCUUGUCUACCAGCUCGAGGGAGAGAGGAACUACCACAUUUUCUACCGCUUGCUGGCUGGCAUGACCAAGUCAGAGCUUGCCAAGUUGCAGCUCGUCAAGGACCCGAAUGCCUACUCCUACCUGACCAAAGGCAACUGUGUAACUUGCGACUCAACCUAUGACAGCGAUGGGCGCACCCUCGGAGAUGCAGACUUUUUUGGCCAAAUACGAGGGGCCAUGAAAAUCUUGAACUUUUCAAACGAGGACAUGGCCAACAUCUGGACAGUGGUGGCUCUUGUACUGCACCUCGGCAACAUUGAGUUUGGAGAGGUGGAAAAGCAGAAUCUGCCAGUGUCGUACAUUCAGAACAGAGAAGCGUCAGCCACGGCAGCCACCUUCCUGCAGGUGAACAAGGAUGCCCUCGAGAAAUCAAUCUGCACAAAACGCACCCUCACAAGAGGAGAGACCAUUGUUAGCCCUCUCUCUGGCAGGUCUGCACAGGAUGUCUGCGACGCCUUCGUGAAGGGGAUCUAUGGGAGACUGUUCGUCUGGAUUGUCCAAAAGAUCAACCGGACAAUCUUCAAACCAAAGGAAAACCCUAAGCAAAAGAGGUUGUCUAUUGGAGUGCUGGACAUCUUCGGCUUUGAGACAUUUGAGAGCAACUCCUUCGAGCAGCUGUGCAUUAACUACUGCAACGAGAAUCUCCAACAGUUCUUUGUUCACCACAUCUUCAAACUGGAGCAGGCAGAGUACGACAAGGAGGGCAUCAAGUGGGAGCACAUUCAUUUUGUGGACAAUCAGGAAAUCUUGGACCUUUUAGCUGCCAAGCCCCUCAACCUCAUCUCUCUCAUUGACGAGGAGAGUCGAUUUCCCAAGGGCACAGACUUGUCCAUGUUGGGGAAGCUCCACAACCAGCACCAUAAGAACAACCACUACAUCAAGCCAGUCUCAGACCAGGUGCAUGCAUUUGGUAUCAACCAUUUUGCUGGCACGGUAUUCUACAAUGCUAGCGGCUUCCUCGAGAAGAACAGAGACACAUUCAGCAACGACCUCUUUGACCUCCUCAACUCCUCCAAGUCUCCUUUCAUUGGAGUGCUCUUCUCAGGCGAGAAAGCCAUGACGUCGGAGACCCGCAAGAAGUCCCCCACCCUUGGUGUGCAGUUCAAGAAAUCACUGGACUCACUCAUGAAGACUCUCAGUAAAUGUCAGCCCUUUUUCGUGCGUUGCAUCAAGCCAAACGAGUUCAAGGAGCCGCUGACCUUUGACCGUGAACUCUGCACCCGUCAGCUUCGGUACUCUGGCAUGAUGGAAACUAUCAGAAUCCGCCGUGCUGGCUACCCAAUUCGUCACACAUUUGCCGAGUUUGUGGAUCGUUACCGAGUUCUCAUCCCUGGACUGACAAUGGCAGACAUCCAUGACUUCAAGAGCACUUCCAAGAGGAUCUGCAGCAAGGUCUUCAAGGGAACGACCCAUGACUGGCAGAUCGGGUACACCAAGGUUUUCAUCAAGGAUGCUGAUGACCAGUUCCUUGAAGACGAGAGAGACAAGAUUCUGACUGGCUACGUGGUCCUCAUCCAACGCUGGGUCAAGGGCUGGAUCCAUCGCAGGAAGUUCCUCGCCAUGAGAGGGGCAGCCAUCAUCCUGCAAAAGAACUAUCGUCGUCACCGGGCAUCCAGACAGUGGCGCAUUAUGAGACGUGGAUUCCGUCGCCUGCAAGCCACAUGGAGAGCUAGGAAACUGACACUACAGUUCCGUCUCAUGAGGCAACGUGUUACUGGGUUCCAGCGAUUCUGCCGUGGGUUCAUUGCUCGGAAACGGUUCAGGAGACGUAUUGGGAGCAUCAUCAAACUGCAGAGUCACUUCAGACGUUUGAUCGCCAAGAAACAAGUGCUACUAAAGAGGAUCGAAACCCGCAAGAGAAAAGAGGCUGAGAAGAUUCGCAAGAUGGAAGAGGAGGAACUAAAGAAAAAGAUGAAAGCUUCCGAGGCAAAGAAAGAAGCUGAGCGACUGCAUCAGGAACGUCUUGCAAGGAUAGAGCAGGACAAGUACGAGGAGUUGGAGAAGAUGAGAACGGAUGCUCUUGUCAAGAGGGAGGAGAUAGAACAGAAAGAGAGAGAUGCAGAGCUUAUGCGAUCUCAGCCCGUUGAUGACUCUAAGAUUGUCGAGCAGAUGUUUGGAUUUUUGCCCGAGGGAGAGCAUGGUAACUCUGACGAAACUAUGACAUCCAUUCCACGUCUUGAGGAUGAAGAAGAGGAUCUGGCCGACUAUCGAUUCCCCAAGUUUGCUGCCACCUACUUCCAGGGUCAAGCCACUCACUCGUACAUCCGUCGUCCUCUCAAGCAACCUCUCCUGGGUCUCAAGAACGAUCAAGAUCGUCAAGCCUCCAUCGAUAUCUGGGUUAUGAUCCUCCGGUUUAUGGGUGACAUGCAGGAACCAAAGUUUCCAGAACCGGCCAUGGAGGCUCAGAAAGAGGAAAGCCUGGCCAAGAGACUGUAUGGGUCCAUCAGCAAGAAGUUUGGAAGCUCAAAAGCUGCUGACCAAAUCUCAGCAGAAAUCCGUGGAGAGGAACGUAAGAAGGAGAGUUUGCGUAAGAGGAUUGCGUCCAUGACUCUCAAGAAGAAGUCCAAACUCACUCCGGAGAUGAUGGAACAGAUCCAGGACGCAGAGACAGCUGUAGCUGUGCAGCGACCCACCAACAACCUCGAGAAGCUUCACUUCAUCAUUGGAUACGGAAUCCUGAGGGCAGAGCUUCGGGAUGAAAUCUACUGUCAGAUUUGUAAACAGCUGACUCAGAAUUCGUCAAAGUCGUCUCACGCCCGUGGCUGGGUGCUCCUCUCACUGUGCGUGGGCUGUUUUGCCCCCUCUAGCAGACUCAACAAGUACCUGCGUAGCUUCAUCAGCGAGGGACCCCCUGGCUAUGCCCCCUACUGUGAGGAGAGAAUGCGUAGGACACAGCUCAACGGAGUCAGACACCAACCUCCAUCAUGGCUAGAGCUUCAGGCCACCAAGUCCAAGAAGCCUUUGAUGCUUCCCAUUACCUUUAUGGACGGCAACACCAAGACCCUGCUUGCUGACUCAGCAACCACAGCCAAGGAGCUGUGCUUACAACUGGCUGAGAAGAUUGGUCUAAAAGACUCGUUUGGUUUCUCACUCUACAUAGCUCUCUUUGACAAGGUGUCAUCACUCGGCAGUGGAGGAGACCACGUCAUGGACGCCAUCUCUCAGUGUGAGCAGUACGCUAAAGAGCUGGGAGCUCAAGAGAGGAAUGCUCCAUGGAGACUCUUCUUCAGGAAGGAGAUCUUUGCUCCCUGGCACAACCCUGCAGAUGAUCCUGUUGGUACUAACCUCAUAUACCAGCAGGUGGUUCGUGGUAUCAAGUUUGGAGAGUACCGCUGUGAUAAAAAUGAGGACCUGGCAGCACUGGCAGCACAACAGUACUAUGUGGAGCUGGGUGCACAGAUGAACCCAGACCGUCUCAUGAGAAUGCUCCCCACUGUCAUACCAGACUCUUGUCUGGCAGGACCUGCUAUGGCCGACAAGUGGAGGAACAUGGUCAUCUCGUCCUUUAGUAGGGCUCCGUACGUGCGUAACAAGGUCGAGCGAUCAAGAGUGAAGGAGGAGAUUGUCAAGUACGCCCAGCUCAAGUGGCCACUUCUCUUCUCAAGGUUCUAUGAGGCCUACAGGUUUUCUGGCCCCACCCUGCCCAAGAACGAGGUGAUCAUUGCCGUGAACUGGACGGGGGUGUACUUUGUGGAUGAUCAGGAGCACGUUUUACUGGAGUGCUCCUUCCCUGAGAUCACCAACUGCUCUAGCAGUAGGACCAGCAGAGGACAAGGGCAGAGCUUCACUCUCAGUCUUGUCAAGGGUGAGGAGUACACCUUCACAUCUGUUAACGGAGAGGACAUUCGAGACUUGGUCAACUCGUUCCUAGAGGGGCUACGUAAGAGGUCAAAGUACGUCAUUGCAAUGAUGGACUAUCAGAGUCCAGGCGAGGGCUCUGCAUUCCUGAGUUUCCGCAAGGGUGACCUGAUUGAGUUGGACAACGACGACGGAGAGGAUGUGAUGAAGAGUGGGUGGUGCUACGGAACCUGUAUCCGCACCAAUGCACGAGGAGACUUCCCUGCUGAGUGUGUCUACGUCCUGCCCUCGAUCAACAAGCCUACUGCUGAGAUUCUUUCGCUAUUCUCUGGCCAGACUGUUGAGUCAGCCGAGAAAAUCAUAGCCACCACUAAGACUGCUCUGGAGUCAGGUAACCCCCAGAGUGAUGUCAAGCCUCACUCUCUCAAGGAGUUUGCCAUCGAUCACUUCCGUGCCCCUCCCAAGAGGACACUGUCCCGCUCCCUCUCACGGGGGGCAUUUCGACGCAAGGGCGACAACGAACUCUGGGGAUUCUCAAGAGAUCCGAUCAAACUUCCCCUGCUCAAGAAGCUACUCUCUCAACCAGACGACGUCCAGGACAAGGCGGCACACUCUUUCUUAGCUAUAAUGAAGUACAUGGGCGACUACCCCUCCAAGAAACUGAGACUAGGAACAGACCUCACCGACCAAAUUUUCGAGUGCGCUCUCGUUCAUGAGGUGUUGCGAGAUGAGAUCUACUGUCAAAUAGUGAAGCAGCUGACUGACAACAAGUUCCGUACGAGUGAGGAUCGCGGCUGGGAGCUACUCUGGUUGGCCACUGGUCUCUUCCCCUGCUCCACCACUCUCCAGAAGGAAGUCACUCUCUUCCUCCGCACUCGGGUGACUAGAAACCCACUGGCUACAGACUGUCAACAGAGGCUUCACAAGACAAUACAUUCCGGCGCCCGUCGUUACCCUCCCCACUUGGUGGAGGUAGAUGCCAUUCAGAGCAAGACCACUCAGAUCUUCCACAAGGUGUACUUCCCCGAUGAGUCGAACCAGGCGUUUGAAGUUGACUCGAGCACUCGCUCCAAGGACUUCUGUGCCAGUAUUGCCGAGCGUCUCGGACUCCGUACUGCCGAGGGUUUCUCCCUGUUUGUCAAGAUUACGGACAAGGUCAUCAGCGUCCCAGACGGUGACUUCUUCUUUGACUUUGUGCGGCACCUCACUGAGUGGCUCAAGAGAGCCAGGCAGGCUAGGGAUGGCUCUCAGCCCAACCUUCAGUACCAGGUGUUCUUUAUGAAGAAGAUCUGGUCAAGCACUGUGAUUGGUCGCGACAGAGUGGCCGACAUCAUGUUCCAUUACCACCAGGAGCUACCCAAAUAUCUCCGUGGUUACCACAAGUGCACAAGGGACGAUGCAGCUCAGAUGGGAGCCUUUAUCUACCGAGUCAAGUUUGGAGACAAUAAGUCAAAGUUCCAGUUCAUUCCUCAAAUACUGCGAGAACUUGUACCAAUGGACGUGAUCCGUGAGUACUCCCCUGACGACUGGAAGAAGGCCAUUGUGGCUAACUUCAAUCGCCACUCUGCACGCUCCUCGGAGGAUGGGAAGGUCGGGUUCCUCAAACACGUCAGCAAAUGGCCUACCUUUGGGUCAGCAUUCUUUGAAGUGAAGCAAUCCACUGAGAUUAACUAUCCGGAGGUGCUCCUCAUUGCCAUCAACAGGAAUGGAGUCAUGCUCAUCAACCCACAGAACAAGGAUAUUCUGGCCACCCACCCGUUCACCAAGAUCUCCAACUGGUCAAGCGGGACUAACUACUUCCACAUGACGAUUGGUAACCUGGUGCGUGGCAGUCGCCUCCUAUGUGAGACCAGCCUCGGCUAUAAGAUGGACGACCUCUUGACGUCUUACAUCUCCUUGAUGCUGACGACAAUGAACAGAGAUAAGAAGCCAGGAGGAGUCCAGCAACGCCCACCCAGCAUUGCAGCGGGUAGACCUCCCGCAGGCAACAACAGAGGAAGGCACUAUUAACCUAACAUCACUUAAGAACACUUUUUAGCUUUUUAUACCAUGCAUGUUUGUGUGUAUUGAAACUUUAGCAGCCGUAUUUAUUUAUAGUACAUGAUUGUAUAAUUACAUACUUUUUAGAAACUGUCAAUUGUGUCUAUCUCUUCAUGUUUUUAAAUGCCAAUAAUUAUAA